UCUGUAGAUAUUCACAAGUAAAAGUAAUAGAAAAAUGAUGUGUAUAGUAGAUACUCUGAUUUAAAGAGAUGAUGAGCGGGAACCAUCUUCGAAGAUCUUCCCCACCGUAUACGUCAGUUGUUCUGUGACGAAUAUUUUUUCUUCGCUCCUAGUGGGUGAUCCGCCGAAGAAAAUGGGGCAAUUUCGGUUCAUAUAUAAACAAACGGAUCAUCUUCGACGUUCAGUUGUCAAUUGGGUUAGGAUUACCCUGAGUGGUUCAUUAUACAGGGGUGGCUAGGAAAUCAUGAAGGAAUGGAAAUAUUUUGGAAUAGCUCUGUUGGCGAUAAUCACUCCAAUAUCGUCUCAACAAGGGUAUAAUUACCCCACUCCUUCAAAACCAUUCAAUGGAGGAGCUAGCCAAGCACCCGUUGACUAUACUCCACCUACCAACGGUUAUCCAUCAUCAACAAAUGGAAGUCCACAUCCGCCCACACCUGGUGGUUUCCCAACACCAUCUUCUGGAGAUUUUUCAAGACCAUCUUCUAGAGGAUAUCCAAGUUCAACCGCUAGUACUUCUUCUGGAGGGUACCCUACACCGACAUCCAGUUCAUAUCCUGACGUAACACAAAAUGGAUACCCUAGUCAUUCGAAUGGACAUCGUCCGGGGGGUUAUUCAAGUCAAGGUGGUAGUUCGUAUCCAGCUCAACCAACAGGAGGAUAUCCAAGUGGUCAGAAUGGAUUUAGAGAUGGGCAAAAUGGACAUGGAGGUUCCACAACACCGAAAUAUUCAGGAAAUGGUUAUUCUUCCCAAAACGGAUAUUCAAGUGUUCCUCGAGGUCCUACAUCACCAACUUAUACUUCUUCAGGUUAUCCAGCAUCUCAGCCAUCUCAAGGAGGACCAUCUUCUCCAACUUCUUAUCCUGAACAAUUCAACAGACCUAGUCAGAAUCAAGGUCAAUUCCCAUCACCCUCUCCCGAUUCUACGGAAUACCCAUCACCCACAGUUUCUGGAUUUCCAAGUGAACGACCUACAAGUUAUCAAAAUGGCCAGACUGGAUAUUCAGGUGGUCAUAAUGGUCAUCCAGCUGGUCAAAAUAGUUUUCCAAGUAGUCAGAAUGGAAAAGGGGAUAUUUCUGGACAAACUCGACAGUUUAUUGAAGAAUUUGAGCCUGCUCCAGAAGCUGAAAGUUCUUCCCCUAAUGAACCAGACACAAACGAAGUCGAUUACUCGGCAAUCUCUGGCCAACCGGAUGUUGAUUAUCCAAUAUUAGCAUCUGCGCCAGAAACGUCGUUCCGAUGUGACCAACAACAAUAUCCUGGAUACUACGCGGACCUUGAAACCAGAUGCCAGGUUUUUCAUAUAUGCACCAACAAUAAAACUUACGAUUUUCUUUGUCCUAACGGUACUAUUUUCCACCAGGAAUUCCUGGUAUGCGUGUGGUGGCACGAGUUCGAUUGUAACUCGGCACCCUCUUUCUACGGAGUCAACGCGGAUCUCUAUGACUACUCUUUCACCGGCGCGCAACAGCAAACAGGUGCCAUUCCCGCAGGAGACGAUAGUUUCGGAGGACCCUCCAGAGAGUUUGAACAAAAUCUCGAUGCUCAAACGCCUACAAAUGGACAUGGGCCUGGUGAACCUGUGAAUGGUCAAGCUUCACAAGGCAAAUACGAGCCUCAGGGUCCUAGCAGCCAGCAGGUACCUUUCCAAUCUACUCAAGCACCUAGAAGAUAUGAAGGAACUUCUCAAGGAUAUCCUGGAAGUCAGUUACAACGCCAAAAUGGUCAUCAGACCACUCAACCACCUGAAAGAUACGAUGGAGAUAUUCAAGGAUAUCCUGGACGUCAAAGCCAAAGUUCUGAUAGGCAAUAUAUCCCUCCGCAGUCAACUCAGUUACCUGGAAGAUAUGAUAAAAGUCAAGGAUAUCCUGAACAGAGGCCUACACAGUCAACGCAGUUUGCUGGCCAAAAUGGAGGAUAUCAUGAUAAUCAACCACAAGGUUCUAACGGCCAACAGAGACCUUCACUGACUACUCAAAUUCCUAGAGGUCAUGAAGGUGCUUCGCAGGGUUAUCCUGGACAACAAAAUGUUAUUCCAUCGACUCAGCCACCCAGACAGUAUCAAUCUCAAGGCGCUAAUGGUCGACAUAGACCUUCACAAACAACACAGACGCCGGAAAGAUAUAAUGGUGUUUCUGAAGGAUACCCAUCCGGUAGACCUUACGAGGACUCUGGACAGCAAAGACCUAUUCAGUCGACUGAAACACAUGGACAAUAUCCAGAAUAUCCUGGAGGCCAGCCGGGACAACAACCUUUCCAAUCUGGUCAAGCACCUAAACAGUACAAAGAAACUUCUCAGGAUUAUCCUGAUUCCUCAAAUGAAAUAUCUAACGGACACCGUAGACCUUUGCAAACAACUCCGUCAUCAAGAAAUGGAUAUUUACCACCCAGACCUAGUCAAGCACCUGGGGAUGACCGAUAUUCGACCAAUCGACCAUCCCCACAACAAAAUGGUUAUUCUAGAAAUGGCAAUGGACACAAUGGGCAAUAUCCAGCUUCGGAAACGUCUAACGGUGGGACAUAUCCGACUACACAGGGUCCUAGAAUACCAACACAAAUUCCUGCAAGAGAUUAUUUACCUCCAUUACGAAAAUAAGAGGUAAUAUAGAAUAGUGUUUACUAGUAAAUAAGUAUAAAAUCAUGAAAUAUUACUUUGAGACUUACUUACAUUCUACAUGAUAUGAUUUAUUCUUCGUUUGGAACA